GGGGGCGCGGCGGAGGAUUUCCCCCCCCCCCAACCCCGGGACCCCCGAGAGAGCGACAGCCAUGAGCGCCCCCCCGCGGUCGGAACUCGCCGCCGCCGCCGCCGCCCUUCUGCGCCUGGGGGAGGAGCGCCCCCCAGCGGCCGCCAUGAACCUGCUGCAGCGCAAGGGCCGCCCCGAGUGGCGCCCCCGCGAGGAGGAACCGCGCAAGGGAGUCCCCAAGGCGCGGGAGGGGGGGUCCCUGCGACGCCCGCUGCGUGUCGGGUUCCUGACCCUACCGGCGCCCCAAGAACGCGGCCCCCGGCCCUGCGCCCCCGGCAUGGCCCCCCGCUCCUUGUCCUGCCACGCCGUGGGAAUCCCCGACCCCCCGGGGGUGCCCCUGCGCCCUUCCGGGCCCCGCACUGGGCACCCCGAGAACCGGGGGCACCCCGAGAACCGGGGCCUCGAGGCACCGCCCGCCAAGAGAGGUGGCACCCCUCGGGGGGGCUGCAUGCGGCAGACGCCCCCUCUGAAGCCCUCGCGCAGCCCCCAGACCCGGCUGUCGGCCGGGGCCCCCCCAGCCCCUCUGGCCGAGCAGGGGGAGGGGGAGGAGCCCGUCUACAUCGAGAUGGUGGGGGACGCGCGGGGGAUCCCGGCGGGGGAUCUUCGGCGGGGGGCGCCGGGAGCCGCCCCUGCCCCACCCAGCGAGGAGCCCGAAGCCAUUUACGAGGAGAUGAGCUGCCCGCUGCCCGCAGGGGAGGGGCCGGGACACGCCCUUUUCUCGGGACACGCCCCUUUCCACGGACACGCCCCUCACGCCGCGCACGCCCCUUUCGGCGGCCCCGCCCCGCACUCGGGCCACGCCCCCUACAGUGGCCACACCCCUUUCUCGGGUCACGCCCCUCACACUGGCCGUGCCCCCUUCAUCGGCCACGCCCCUUUCUCCGGCCCCGCCCCCAUCCCGCCGCCCUUCCCCAACCUGCUCCCGCCCCGCCCACCCCCGCUGGCCCCGCCCCCCGAGAGCGCUUCGCGCUUGCCCCUCCCCUCGCGGCGCGAGGCCCCGCCCCCCGCCCGCGCGCGGAGCCACUCCACGCCCCUCCCCCCGCACCACGCGCCGGGAGGGGCGGGGCGCGAGCGGGCGGGGGCGGGGCUCGGGCCGCUGCCCCUCCCACCGUCCGCCGAAGCCCCUCCCCCCGGGAAGCGCCCGCCCGCCUACGAGAGCCUGCGCGGGGGUGUGGCCUCGGGAGGCCCCGCCCUCGCCCGAGAGGAGGACACGCCCCUUCGCCGAGGGGGCGGAGCCUCUGUCCGCCGCGGGAAGGAGACCGAGAAGGCCCCGGAGCCCCCCCGGGAGGAGCGGGGAGGGACSGGGUCGGUUCUCCCCCCCUCGGGGAUCCCGGUCCGGGCCGAGGGGCCCCGGGGCAGGCCGGGACCCCCCCUGCCCUGCCAGACCUUCCCUGCCUGCGGGAGACCCUCGGAGCUCCCCGGGGCUCCCCGCCUGGGCCGCUCCGCCUCCACCUCGGGGGUGCGCCAGGCCGGGGCCCCCCCGUUCCCACGUGGCCCCCCCUCGGCGCGGCCCCUCUCCGGAGGGGUCCCCGGUGGAGGUCCCGGGGGGGGUUUCGUGGCCACCCCCCGGCCCCGGGACGGGCAGCUCCAGGAGGUGAUCGACCGCAAACGCUGCGUCUGCACGGAGAUCAAGGCGCGGGGGGGGCGGGGGGGGGGGGCUGUGCAAGCAGGACAGCCUGCCCCCCCUGCCCGCCCCCCCCGCCUGGAAAGGGGGGACCGCUCCCGAAAGCCGCCCCCCGCCUCCCCCACCCCCCCCCGGAACGCCCCCGGCCCGCCGGCCUCAUGCCGUGCUCUGGGACACCGCGAUCUGACCCCCCCGGGGUGCCUGGAGCACCCCAAAUCCUGCCCCUGUACCUUGGGGGGAUUCUCAAAAUCAUGGGUGGGCUCCUGAGGAAAAAAGGGGGAGGGCUACUAAGGUUGGGGGGGCGACACGGCUGGGCCGGGUUGGGGAGAAAUGGGGG